AUGGCAGAAAAACCAACUAACACGUCAUCGAUGAAAACACCUGGCAAUGAAGAUCCAGAGAACAUCCGUUGCUUAUCCACUCUUGGGCAUUUUGGGUUUGAAUGUUUGCCCACUCAGCUGGUGAACAAAUCGAUCCAGAAAGGAUUCUCUUUUAAUAUUCUCUGCGUGGGAGAAACAGGAAUUGGAAAAUCAACCCUGAUCAAUACACUGUUCAAUACAAAUCUGAAGGAGAACAAGUCCUCUCAUUUCUACUCGAAGGUUGGACUGAAGGUGAAGACAUAUGAACUCCUGGAAAGAAAUAUUCCACUGAGAUUGACUGUCGUGAAGACAGUUGGGUAUGGCGAUCAGAUAAACAAGGAAGCCAGCUACCAGCCCGUCGUUGACUACCUAGACGCCCAGUUUGAAGCGUACCUGCAGGAGGAGCUGAAGAUCAAGCGUUCCUUGACUGACUAUCAUGAUUCUCGCAUCCAUGUCUGCCUUUACUUCAUCACCCCUACAGGACAUUCUCUCAAGACCCUGGACCUACUAACAAUGAAGAGCAUUGACAGAAGGGUGAACAUCAUACCCUUGAUUGCCAAGGCUGACUCGCUUUCCAAGAACGACCUACAGAGGUUCAAGAACAACAUAAUGAGCGAGCUGAACAGCAAUGGCAUCCAGAUAUAUCAGUUCCCGGCCGAUGACGAAGCGAGUGCUCAAGUGAACAGCUCGGGGCUGUUACCCUUCGCUGUAGUAGGGAGUAUGGAGGAGGUCAAGGUUGGAAAGAGAAUGGUCAGAGGCCGCCAUUACCCUUGGGGCGUAUUGCAAGUGGAAAAUGAAAACCACUGUGACUUUGUGAAGCUCCGGGAUUUGCUUCUGUGCACGAAUAUGGAAGAUCUGAAAGAUCAAACCCACACUCAGCAUUAUGAAUGUUACCGGAGCAACAGGUUGCAGAAGCUGGGCUUCAGUGACAUGGGCCCAGACAACCGUCCAGUGAGUUUUCAAGAGAUGUAUGAAGCCAAGAGACGAGAGUUCCACGAUCAGUGUCAGAAGGAAGAGGAAGAACUCAAGCAGACGUUCAUGCAGCGCGUCAAGGAGAAGGAGCUGACCUUUAAGGAUGCGGAGAAGGAGCUGCAGGACAAGUUCGAGCACCUGAAGAGAAUCCAGCAAGAGGAGAUCCUGAAGCUGGAGGAAGAGAGGAGAAAACUAGAAGAACAGAUCAUAGAUUUUUAUAAGAUGAAGGCUGCUUCUGAGACAGCACAGGCUCAGGUGUACGCCAACAUAAAGAAGGACAAGGACCGUAAGAAGUAA